GGGUACCAGAAGAUGCUUCAGUGGUGAUACCUCUUUCACAAUGCAAGUUACGAAUGAAAUUCAGUAACUAACAUCCCCUUCCUCACCCUGAUCUCCGAUAGACUUCCUGUAACGCUUGGAAGAAAGGGUCAGGGGAGAAGGGUUGAAGGUCACCAUGAAGCUAAAGCAGCGAGUUGUGUUGUUGGCCAUCCUUCUUGUCAUCUUCAUUUUCACAAAAGUUUUCCUCAUUGACAACUUGGACACCUCAGCUGCCAACCGGGAGGACCAGCGCGCCUUUCACCGUAUGAUGGCAAGCCUCCAUAUAGAACUGGACCCCCGACUUGACCAUACGUUGCAAUCCCCUUGGGAAAUUGCAGCCCAAUGGGUGGUGCCCCGGGAGGUGUAUCCCGAGGAGACGCCCGAGCUAGGGGCUGUUAUGCAUGCCAUGACAACAAAGAAGAUAAUAAAAGCUGAUGUGGGAUACAAAGGGACCCAACUGAAAGCUUUGCUAAUACUUGAAGGAGGACAGAAGGUUGUCUUCAAACCCAAGAGAUAUGCCAGGGAUUAUGUAGUGGAAGGAGAACCAUAUGCUGGCUAUGACAGACACAACGCAGAAGUGGCAGCCUUUCACUUGGAUAGAAUUCUGGGUUUCCGACGGGCUCCGCUGGUGGUUGGCAGGUUUGUGAAUCUACGUACAGAGAUCAAACCAGUUGCCACAGAGCAGCUUCUGGGUACCUUCAUGACUGUGGGUAAUAACACUUGCUUCUAUGGGAAGUGCUACUAUUGUCGGGAAACAGAACCAGCUUGUGCAGACGGGGACAUCAUGGAGGGGUCAGUGACCCUGUGGCUACCAGAUGUCUGGCCUCUUCAGAAGCAUCGGCAUCCAUGGGGUAGGACUUACCGUGAAGGCAAACUUGCCAGGUGGGAGUAUGAUGAAAGCUAUUGUGAUGCUGUGAAGAAGACUUCACCCUAUGACUCGGGCCCCCGUCUUCUUGAUAUCAUUGACACCGCCAUCUUUGACUAUUUGAUUGGGAAUGCUGACCGGCAUCACUAUGAGAGUUUCCAGGAUGAUGAAGGAGCCAGUAUGCUCAUCCUCUUGGAUAAUGCCAAAAGCUUUGGAAACCCUGCCCUGGAUGAAAGAAGCAUCUUGGCUCCUCUUUAUCAAUGCUGCAUCAUCCGGGUUUCUACCUGGAACAGACUCAAUUACCUGAAGAAUGGAGUACUGAAGUCUGCCUUAAAAACUGCUAUGUCGCAUGACCCCAUCUCACCCGUGCUUUCUGAACCUCAUCUGGAUGCCCUAGACCAGCGGCUUCUCAGCAUUCUGGCUACAGUGAAGCAGUGCACAGACCAGUUUGGCCCAGAUGUUGUGCUGGUGGAAGACAGGAUGACACUGUCUCAUUUGUAAUUGUAGUGGAACACAGAUGAAACUCCUUUUUUUUUUUAAAAAACAAACAAACAAAAAAAGCGAUAGAAAAACAGCACAAUCAGUUCAGAAAGGCUUGUGGCCAAGAUGGACUGAAAUGAACAGGAGAGGUUCCGAGCCAGAGAAACAGAGGUGACGCUGGCUUUUACCUUGGGCUGACAGCAGUGAGAGGUGGGAAGUUGGAGCCUUGGACGGCUCAGUACCCGUAAUGGCAUCUUGGCCUUUGUGGUGUGUCCAUUGCCGGCAGUGGACAUUGCACUGGAUAAAAAUGGCUCUUGGUGUUGGUGGAAGUGUGUGGAAUACAGACACUAAUUUGUGGACUGAAUCUAGAGGGGAAAAAUGGAGAUGAACAGUACGAUCCUCUCCCCUUCUCCUCCCCACGUAUACUCUUGCGAGUGUUUGUCUGAUUCAGGGUUGUACAUAAUCAGCUGUGAGCUGGUUAGGCGUUUUACUGCUUCUUUAGAGAAAGAGGAAGUGGUGAAUAAAAUAAUUAUUAGACUGAAGAGUUG